UUGCCCUCAGCCCGGCCGCGCUCCCGCGGCUCCGGGGCCGCUCCCGCUCCCGUUCCCUCCUGGCUCUUACGAUGUGGCGGACGCGGGCGGCGGCGGCUUGUGUCAUCUGCCGGAGUCUAGCAAAUAGCAGCUAUGGAAUUAAGAGAAAAUCACCGCUUCAAAACCUGCAUCUUGUUUCCCGAAGUAUACAUCAUCCCUACUAUCCAAGUUCAAAGUUCCAGAGACCUCCAUUAAGGAUAUCCAUUCAGCAGUUCUCUUCUCUGAAUCGUCUUCCCCUUCACAGAACAAAACUUUUAAAUGUAAAACAUGGAUACCAGUCCCACAGGAACUUUUGGCUGGCCAGAUUAGCCUCCAGGCUUCUCAAAGUUCGUUAUCUCAUCUUAGGAUCUGCAGUAGGAGGUGGCUACACAGCUAAGAAGACAUAUGAGCAGUGGAAGGACAUGAUGCCAGAUCUCGAGGAAUAUAAGUGGAUUGUUCCUGACUUCAUUUGGGAGCUUGAUGAACUUGUUGACUUCGAAAAACUUCUCAAAGCCCUCCCUGAUGCAGAUGACCUUGCCAAACUACUGCCUGACUUUGACAAGAUUGGAGAGAGCCUAGCUUCACUGAAAGGAUUUCUUUCUCCUGGUUACAAUUUGGUUAGUGAAGUCAUAGGAGCUUCUGAUCUACUUCUGUUGUUAGGUUCUCCAGGAGAAACAGCAUUUCGGGCUACUGACCAGGGAUAUGACAAUGACAAACAGUUCAAGAAGGGCCUGCUUGGGGAGCUCAUUCUGUUACAACAGCAAAUCCAGCAGCACGAAGAGGAAGCGCGCAGAGCCGCUGGCUUCUCUUCCCAGCAGAAGCGAAAGGUUUCUGACAAAGAGAAGAUUGAUCAACUUCAAGAAGAACUUCUACGCACUCAGCUCAAAUACCAAAGAAUGCUUGAGCGAUUAGAGAAGGAGAACAAAGAAUUAAGAAAAUUGGUCCUACAGAGAGAUGACAAGGGAAUUCAUCAGAGGAAGUUAAAGAAGUCCUUGAUUGAUAUGUAUUCUGAAGUACUUGACAUCCUGUCUGAUUACGAUGCCAGUUAUAACACUCAAGAUCACCUGCCUCGAGUGGUGGUGGUUGGAGAUCAAAGUGCAGGAAAAACGAGCGUGUUAGAAAUGAUCGCCCAGGCCCGCAUAUUCCCUCGAGGCUCUGGGGAGAUGAUGACACGUUCUCCUGUCAAGGUAACACUUAGUGAAGGUCCCCACCAUGUGGCUUUAUUCAAAGACAGCUCUCGGGAGUUUGAUCUGACCAAAGAGGAGGAUCUUGCAGCUUUGAGAAAUGAAAUAGAAAUCAGAAUGAGAAAUAGUGUGAAAGAAGGGUGCACAGUUAGCACUGAGACCAUCUCCUUAAGUGUGAAAGGUCCUGGUUUGCAGCGAAUGGUAUUGGUUGAUUUACCUGGAGUCAUUAGUACUGUGACAUCGGGUAUGGCUCCAGAUACAAAGGAAACUAUAUUUAGCAUCAGCAAGGCCUACAUGCAGAAUCCUAAUGCCAUCAUCCUCUGUAUUCAAGAUGGGUCAGUGGAUGCAGAACGCAGUAUUGUCACAGACUUAGUCAGCCAAAUGGAUCCUCAAGGAAAAAGGACAAUAUUUGUGUUGACUAAAGUUGAUCUUGCAGAGAAAAAUGUGGCUAGUCCAAACAGGAUCCAGCAAAUCAUUGAAGGCAAACUCUUCCCAAUGAAAGCUUUAGGUUAUUUUGCAGUUGUUACUGGAAAAGGAAACAGCAGUGAAAGCAUUGAAUCUAUUAAAGAAUAUGAAGAGGAAUUCUUUCAAAAUUCAAAGCUGUUAAAGACAAGUAUGCUGAAAGCACAUCAGGUAACAACCAAGAACUUAAGUCUUGCUGUGUCAGACUGCUUUUGGAAAAUGGUGAGAGAGUCUGUGGAGCAGCAAGCAGAUGCUUUUAAAGCCACACGUUUCAAUCUUGAGACGGAAUGGAAGAACAAUUAUCCCCGGUUGCGAGAACUUGACAGGAAUGAACUGUUUGAGAAGGCAAAGAACGAGAUUCUUGAUGAAGUCAUAAGUUUGACUCAGGUCACACCAAAGCACUGGGAGGAGAUGCUUGAGAAAACUUUAUGGGAAAGGGUAUCUACUCAUGUGAUUGAGAACAUAUACCUGCCAGCAGCACAGACUGCAAACUCAGGGACGUUUAACACCACUGUGGACAUCAAACUGAAGCAGUGGACUGACAAGCAACUGCCUAAUAAAGCAGUAGAGGUGGCAUGGGAGACUUUGCAAGAAGAAUUUUCCCGUUUCAUGACAGAAAAAAAAGGAAAAGAGCACGAUGAUAUCUUUGAUAAACUGAAGCAAGCUGUCAAAGAAGAAACUAUUAAGCGACAUAAAUGGAAUGAGAGAGCAGAGGAUAGCCUGCGGGUGAUCCAGCACAAUGCUCUGGAAGAUCGGUCAAUAUCCGAUAAACAGCAGUGGGAUGCGGCCAUUCAUUUCAUGGAAGAGACGCUCCAAAGUCGGCUCAAAGACACUGAAUCUGUUAUUGAAGAUAUGGUGGGUCCAAACUGGAAAAAAAGAUGGUUGUACUGGGUAGGCCGCACUAAAGAGCAGAAUAUUCGUAACGAAACAAAAAAUGAACUUGAGAAAUUGAUCAAGUGCAAUGAAGAUCAUCCAGCUUAUCUGGCAAAUGAUGAAGUGACAACUGUCAGAAAGAAUCUAGAAGCAAGAGGAGUAGCAGUGGAUCCAUGUCUGAUUAAAGACACAUGGCACCAGAUUUAUAGAAGAUACUUCCUGAAGUCUGCUUUGAACCACUGCAAUCUAUGCCGAAGAGGCUUCUAUUAUUAUCAGAGGCAUUUUGUGGACUCAGAGCUCGAAUGUAACGACAUCGUCCUCUUCUGGCGAAUACAGAGAAUGCUGGCAAUUACAGCAAAUACACUGAGGCAGCAGCUCACUAACACUGAAGUAAGGCGCUUGGAGAAGAAUGUAAAGGAAGUGCUUGAAGAUUUUGCUGAAGACAAUGAGAAAAAGGUGAUGCUCCUAACUGGCAAGAGAGUCCAGCUUGCAGAGGAUCUCAAAAAGGUUCGGGAAAUCCAGGAGAAACUUGAAGCCUUCAUAGAAGCCCUCCAUCAAGAAAAGUAGAUUGUUCAAGCAGCAGCAACUUUACACAAGAAUGCAGCCUUCUCCAGGAUACCUUACAGAAAAACUGAAUUGAAAUGGCUUUUGUGUCCCAUUCUGUUUCCUAUCUUUUGGGGAGCAUCCUGAAAUGUUGAAGGAGAAAGAAAAUAAUGUCUCAUGGGAUUGAGAAGUUCAGUUAAAAUCCACCUGCUCAUUUAAUUUUUGAAGCUACAUGCAAAGAAGAAUCUGAUUUGUGUAUUAAUGAGAUACCUUGGGAGCUUGCUGAAGUUGUACAUUUAAGAGUUUUUUUCCUGAAAGGGAAAAAAUCUUUUUAUUUUAAGUGUGUGUCUUGUAUGGUAGAGCUGGAUCAGAUUCAUAAAAUAAUUUUAUCUGUUGUCAUUUUCUUGCCUGCAGAUGAUGCUGGGAGUUUGACAUAAUGUUUUAGUAUUUGUAUGUACAUUAAAAUGCCCUUCUAAGUAAUGCCAUUUGUAUUUGUUAUGCUCUGUGCUGAAGCAUUUGCUGAUCACUGUGGUACAGAUUUAAAUGCAUUGUACUGAGAUCCUGAGAGGAAGUAGAGGAUUUUGUUAAACUCCUAAACUAUUGAGAGAUGUCAGCCAGGCAGUUCUCGUAGUUCUUUCAACCUGAAAGCACAAACUGCUAUUCAGUGACACCUUAAAAGGCUUGGGCUCAGGAAAUAAUGUCAGGAGCUGCUCCUUUUACUUGUUCUUUCCUGAUACGUGUUGUUACUCUUGAAUGUCAGACAAUUACAUUUCAUUUCUGGGAUUGCACAGACUCUGAUUUCCUUGUUAAGUCCUCCCUUCACCAUAGGUGCAGAGUAACCUGAUGGAAUAUGUGUGAAAUCUAAAAAGAUGGAAAAGUUGGAAUUGUACAUUCUAACUUCCUAACCAAAAAAAAAAGAAAAAUGUCAUUAAUUUAAUUUUUACAAAUAGCUACUGUAAGACCAAAUUCACUUCUGUAACAAUGUUAUGCACAAAGUCCUUCCACACCCACUUGAUGUCUAUCAUUCAGAAAAAUUUGUAAGGCACUGAAAACUGUCUUUCAGUUUUUCCAUAGAAAUGUUACUUCUGACAAGUUUAAGCAUGAUACAAGCUCUCUAUUAUAGGUGCCUGGUGGUUAAUCACCACCACGUUUUCUCUGCCCACACUUUGCCACAAAUGAUCUGGAUACACUUCUCAAUACUUUUGUGGAAGAAGCUGUUAGCCUGAAACAGUUUGUGUUGCAGUUGUCUGAUUAUGCACAUUGAAAACCUGACCUAGAUUUAUUUCCCUUUUGAAAGGACAAUUGAUUUUGGUAUGUAGAAAUUAAAAGAGAGGAAUCUGAAUGUUUUCUAACAGAUACUGUUUUGGUUUGCUUUCAGAGGAAAUACAGAGUUUGGAAAGAUGUUCCCCAAAUGUUUAGACAUAAAAUAUUCAGCCAUGUGGACGAAAAGCUAACAUAGAGCUUAAAAUUAUGUUGAAAAGUUAAAUAUUUCAGGGUGAUCUAACUGAAUGUUUGGAGAUUUAGUUUAAAAUUAAUUCCUGAAAAUGAGUGUUUGAGAACCGAAAAAAUGGUUUGUGUCAUGACCAUCCUCUGAAGAUAACUUCAGAAAUGUAAGUUUGCACAGUUUUGAAAGCAGACACCUUUGUGUAUAGCAAGUGAAAUAAGUCUGUACUUUGUAAAAAAAAAAAAAAGAAACAAACAAAAACUUUUGCAUUUACUAGAGAUCACUGUUUGAAACUUCUGUGUAAUGUAAAUGUUGCAAAAUAUCGCAUCCAGUGGCCCAAUGUUAAUUUCUUUUAGUGUGAUGUUCCUUAUGGGUUUAGUUCCAACCUCUCUGUGCUGCUCAUCUAAGACUUAGCAUGAUAUAUUCCAUGGAAACUAGGUAUUUAUUGAAUAAAAAUGUAGCUGAAGGAAUAAUAAAAUGUGGGUUUUGAACACAGUGCUAUUGCACUUAACUGAGAAAUCACUUUGACCUUCUUUUUCUCAUUUGUUAAAUUGUGAACAAGUCUACAUUAAUGAUACCAGUAUAUGUUAAUGGUACCAAAAUGUCUGAGUCAGAAGAGCUGUGUCAGCACGAGGUUAACAGUGACUGUAUCAACUGUUAUCUUUACUAUAUAAAUUAAUGUACCAUUUAUGUAAUACAUUUAGACAAAGAUCUUAUGUCAAGCAGCAUAAGAAUGAUGUGCUGAAUAUUACAACGGUUUUGAGACAGAAAACAUGAUUAUUUCAACUGCCUAAAAUUCAUGUGGUACUGAAGAGGAUGUUACUCCAAAGAUAGAAUAGUUUGCACAAGUUCACAAUAUUUUUUCUGUAUUUUGUAGGCUACCUUCAGAUUCUGGAUACAGCGAUUUAUUGUAAGAAGCAAUUACUAAUCUGUAAUUGCUGUAUCUUUUUGAGCAUAGGGAGGAGAACCAACAAAUGUAAACAUUGUUCUUCCAUAUGUUCUUCCGUAUUUCAUUUCCAAAGCAUGUUCAUUACUAUUGUGUAGAUAUGCUAAGUUAUUUCUGUUUUUUAUAAAAUGAACCAUUUACAAGCCAAGGUUUGAAUACUAAUGGCCAAGACAUAUUCUGACACUUUUUCAUGA